UCCCUCAUACAGCCGCCUUGCGCUGCACGUUAUAAACAAAGCAACGCUUUUGUCACCGCAACAAUUUGCGCUAUUAAGAGAAAAAAAGUUUUUGUGGACUUUUUUCAUUUCAGGAGUGUUCGUCUCAGGACAAUCAGAAGUUUAAUCCACAGGCUCUGCUGCUCUUUGAAAUGGAUGACAUCCAGGUUGUUGAGUCCAAACCCCUGCUGGUCGACAAGGAACUGCCGGGCCUGAGAGAGGCUGUGCAGCAGCUCGUUAUCAAGGAGCAUGACGUGGAGACUCCUCAUGGAAGAGUCCGCUGUACAAUGAAGGGUGUUCCCAAGGGUGACCGACCAGUCAUCCUCACCUUCCAUGACAUUGGGCUGAACCACAAAACCUGCUGGGACACACUCUUCAACCAUGAGGACAUGACAGAGAUCAUGCAGCACUUUGCUGUUUGCCACGUUGAUGCCCCUGGGCAGCAUGAGGGAGCUAACACCUUUUCCACUGGAUACGAGUACCCUUCUAUGGACCAGGUCUCCGAGACCCUCCCACUGGUGUUGAAGCACUUUGGGCUGAAGAGUGUUAUUGGAAUGGGCAUUGGAGCCGGGGCCUACAUUCUGACCAGAUUCGCUCUGGACUACCCGAAAAUGAUAGAGGGGCUGCUGCUCAUCAACAUCAACCCAUGUGCUGAGGGAUGGAUGGACUGGGCUGCACACAAGAUCAGCGGCUGGACCCAUGCCAUGCCUGAAAUUAUCAUCUCCCACCUCUUUGGAAAGGAGGAGAUCCACAACAACCAGGACAUGAUCGGAACAUAUCGCCACCACAUCAUGAACGACAUGAACCAGUUUAACCUGCACCUCUUUGUCAAGUCUUACGAAAGUCGGCGAGAUCUGGAAAUUGAGAGGCCGAUCCCUGGAAGCAGCGUCAGAACCCUCAAGUGCCACUCACUGCUGGUGGUUGGCGACAGCUCUCCUGCUGUGGAGGCUGUGGUCGAGUGCAACACCAAGCUGGACCCAACAAAGACUACCCUGCUUAAGAUGGCUGACUGCGGAGGCAUGCCCCAGGUUGACCAGCCUGGCAAACUGACAGAAGCUUUCAAGUACUUCAUUCAGGGCAUGGGAUACAUGCCAUCUGCCGGCAUGACCCGCCUGGUCCGCUCCCGCACCGCCUCCGGCUCCAGCGUCACCUCCUUCGAGGGCAACCGCUCCCGCUCCCACACCAGUGAGGGAAACCGCUCCCGCUCGCACACCAAUGAGGGAAACCGCAGCCGCAGCCACACAGCCGACAACCAGCGCGGCCGCUCCCACACGGACUCCAUGGACGGCUCGACCAACAGCAACGUGGACCAAGCUGUGCCCAAGUCCACCGAAGUGUCCUGCUAAGUGAACCUUCACUCUCCGGGCACCCAAACCUCUGAAGAUCACUUCGGUUUCUGCUGCGCUGCCUCUAACUGACACGCAGACACACACAUUCCUACGCACAUACACACUGGUGUGGAGAGGGACACUAAGAUAGCCUACCUGGUAUUGUACCUGCAGACUAUUCAGUGCAGCUGAGAUGCCUAAAUUAAAACACAUGAUGUCUUAUGAGUGGGAGGUCAGGGUCACAUGUGUCUGUUUUAUCAAUAGUCCUGAGCUCCUUGGUCAGGUGAGUGUAUAGUUAGGGGCAACGCAGCAUUUUGGGACACCGAAGCAGAGAACAUCGGAGUAAGCUGUGGCUACGAGUAAACCAGCUUGUACAUUUAUCUCUCAUAAUCUCUCAUGCAUAUUAAAAAAAAUGUUUUAACUUCCAUUUCUGCAUUCCCUCAUCCCGUUUUUAACCAUUUUUACCAUAUUGACAAAGCUUUUUCAAAUAUACCUGACUGUAAAUGACUGUUUUCUGUUCUCACUGUAAUUGUUUGAUCAUUUAUUCUUUAUUUUCCAUGUCUGAAGUGUUGUCGUUUGUACGUAGGAGCAGAUUUGUAGAUGUGGGGAGAGAAUGGGAGGCACUUGGAUGAAUAAAAUGGCAGUUUAGCCUCACACAUUGCUUUGAAAAAAGAAGGGACAGACUUCAAGUAUAUCAUGUAUAUACAACAAAUAACAUUGUUUCACCCUGCCAAUAUCCAUUAUCCUUGAGUUUUCUUUCUAAAAUAUUAUCUGUUAUUUUAACAUUUUAUUUGUUUGAAUCUUUUUAGGAAUCAAACCAUCAUUUCCAGUUCAUUCUAAUGAGGCUGUACGCUUUGUCUUUAAUCAAAACACUCUGAAACACAAAAUUCAAAAUGUUUUACAUCGUAUGCUUUAUUAAUGGAUCAUGGCUUCAGACAAAAAGGUUAUUUUUUAGUUUUUUAUGAUGAUUUCUAUGCAAUCAAGCACAAUGGAACAAAGAAGUGCCACGGAAUUGUUCUUUUUUUAGACGUGAUGCUCCUAUGUGGUUGUGGAUUUUUGGGUGAUGUUAACACGAGGAUAGUCAUAGAACUUACCGGACACCUUCUACUCCUGUAUUUUACUUGCACUACAAUAACAUUUUGCUUUGUAGAACACAUACACAGCUUUGUAAAGACGCAAUGCACAACUGUCUAAUGCUGUAGAAAAGCAUUACAAUUACAUAACAGUUUGUAUUUAUUAAAAAACAAAUGACAAUAAAAAACUUGUAACUGA